UCCUGUGUGAAAGGUCAAAUUAGUCCUUCGAGGUUCCUCUGGUUUGUGAAGAAGCUUCUUUUUAUGUUGCUGAUAUAAAACUCGCUGGAGCUGUGAGAGAAUCAGAAGUUAGACGGAGUAAAAGAUGUCGUGUGAUAAAAUAAUCGGACCUGCUUUACCUCCCAUGUUUAAUGAGAGCGACGAAGACUCUGAUAAUGAUGAAGGAUUCGCUGGUCCUGCUUUACCCCCCGGGUAUCAGCGGAGAGACGCGUCCAGCUCCUCGGGGGACAGCGACCAGGACGUGCCGGUGAAAAGAGCAAAAACUAGUCACGAAGCUGCAGAAACAUCUGCAGAAAAGAACACAAAGGUAGAAGAAACAGAUGAUGAUGGUUUCUUUGGACCAGCUCUUCCUCCAGGAUUUAAGAAACUACAGAGUUCACCAGAAAGGCCUCCUGUGCUGGGACCAGCUUUGCCUCCUGGGUUUCGCAGGGCAGCAUAUGACGACGAUGAUGAUGAUGAUGAUGAUGGUGAAGACGGAGAGGAUUUCCCAGGGCCGGCCCUCCCGCCUGGCUACCAGGCUGAGCCGUCCAGCAGCGAGGGGGAGGAUGAGGAGGUGAUCGGGCCCAUGCCGUGCACCGGGCCCGUCCAGAACUCUGUGGCUCUGGACUUUGAGCGCAGAGCACGGAAGAUGAAAGAGAAGCUGACCGGAGACGACACUCCUGAGGUGGUGACCAGAGAAACAUGGAUGACGGAGCUCCCACCAGAACUGCAGCACAUCGGUUUGGGGGCUCGAACCUUCAAGAAGAAGUCUGGUCCAGAGAACAAGGAUCGCUCCAUUUGGACAGAUACACCAGCGGACAGAGAGCGCAAGCUCCAGGAACGCCUUGAAGGGAAGAAGAAGGGCGAGGUGGAGAAAGAUGAUGCUCCUCAAGUCUCCUAUAAGGACAUGGAGAUGGCAAAGAAAGUGUCUCAGUAUAAUGAAACUAAACGUGCUGAGUCUCUGGUGAAUAUGCACAAGAAGAAGAUGAAGGAAAAGGCAAAGGAGAAGGCCGACGCACCGGUGGAAAGGAGACCGUUCGAUCGAGAUGAAGACCUUCAGGUGAAUCGCUUUGAUGAAGCGCAGAAGCAGCGGCUGCUGAAGAAAUCCCAGGAACUGAACACAAGAUUCUCCCACAGCAGGGAUCGAAUGUUCCUGUAACAAACUGUCAAACUGUAAGAAAUAUGUUUGAGCUACAGUCUGCCUGGUGUUUCAUUCAGGUUUAUUACAGUAUGGACUAUGUUUUAUAUGGAUACAUAUGUGUUAUACAAAUAGAGAACUGAAUUUAACUAAACAGACAGUAAUGACAUGGCAGACAUUUGAGCAAAUAUUUAAAAUGAUUUCAAGCUGUUACAUAGGAGCAGCCAGAGGAGCCUGUAUGUGUUCUAGGAGACACUAUUAGGGCUGAUGAUGUGGAAGAACAUUUUAAAAUAAAUGAUGUAUUUUUCUUACAUUGAUAUACAGUGAUGGAUUUUGUGAAAAUCCUUUUUGUACAGAUAAAAUGCAUUGUUGUGCAGCAUGCACUCCUUGUAGCUUUGCAAUCUUUCAUUUGUCCAAUAAAAUGUUUUUCAUUCUUUUA